AUGACGCGAACACUACUGCAUCUGGCCAGAUGGAUCCCAUUGAUAUUUUUAUUAGCAGUUGUACAAUGUGAGAUCCAGUAUUCAAAAGGCAGUGCUUCUGGGCAACCAUCAGACAGCGCGAAGUUCAGGCUUUUUGGACCGGUGCCUCCAAUUCCUUCAUUUUGGUGGCUGACUCCUAUACCACCGCCACCACCGCCGUUCUUUCCCCCUCCCCCCUUUCCAUUCAAACCUCCGUUCCCUCCACCAUGGUUUCCUCCGCCACCCCCAGUACCCUUCCCACCACCACCACCACCACUACCACCAGGUCCUCUCCCACCACCGCCCCCUUUUCCACCUCCACCGCCACCUCCUUUCCCACCCCCACCACCCCCUCCUUUUCCACCUCCACCACCGCCACCAUCUUUCGGGCCUCCCCCUUAUUUUCCGCCGCCGUGGUACCCACCUUUACGACCUCCAUUUUUCAAACCUCCUCCACCGAAGUGGUUUCCACAGUACCCACCUGGGCCUCCACUACCUGGAAAAGGAUAUCCUCCUGGUCCACCUGGAUCCUUCGGCCCACCACCAUCUUUUGGGCCACCUGGAGGGCCGCCUGGGGGACCAUCACCACCAUUUGGGCCAUCGCCACCAGGAAAGGGAUUUAUGCCUGGGCCACCAUCGUCGUUCGGUCCACCAUCAUCGUAUGGAUCAUUUGGAGCAGAUGGAGAUCCAAUGUCGUUUGGUCCACCGCAGCAGUACUAG